UAGCAAGGUAAAAACCUAUGUUGCUCGGAUUCGGGUGCGGGUGUCGGAUACGGGUAUGGAUCUAGAGGUCGGACUCGGCAUGAUCUAAAUUUUAAGAUUUGUGGGUACGGAUCCGGGUACGGAUACGGGUGCGGGAAUUCGGCAAAAAUAAUUCAAAAUUUUAAUAAUAUAGCUACAAGAAUAUGCCUAGAUUAUGAGAGCUUUUUGUGGAAGCACCUACAUGUAGUUUGUACCAGACAUGUGAUUCAAUCUUCCAUUCUACUAGGUGCUAGACUGCGUGCUCCGAGAAACUAGUUAAAUUUUCUACAUAAUAUUGAAGAGAGAAGUUUUAGAUGGUGCAAAGGAGAUGGUCAGAGAUGCAAUUGUUGAAAAGCUUGACAUCAAAAGCCUAUUGUUAUCUUCUUCAAACACAUUCCGUAUUACGGACUUGGGAUGUUCAAUUGGACCAAACACAUUCAGCUCAAUGCAACAUAUUGUAGAAGCUGUAAAAUUCAAAUACUAUAAUCAAAUAUUCACAAAUUCCACAAAUAACAUUCUUGAAUUCCAAGUUUUUUUCAAUGACCAUAUCACCAAUGAUUUCAACACUCUCUUUCGAUCACUACCCGUCGAUAUGUCCUAUUAUUCAACCGGAGUUCCAGGAUCUUUCCAUGGAAGAUUAUUUCCAUCGCAAUCGAUACAUUUUGCGCAUUGUUCAUGUGCUAUACAUUGGUUAUCUAAGUGUCCAGAAGAGUUAUUAGAUGAGAAAUCCCCUGCAUGGAAUAAAGGAUUGAUUCACUAUGUAGAUGCCUCAAAUAUUGAAGUAGUGAAUGCCUAUAUUGCUCAAUUCAACAAGGAUAUGGAAGUUUUCUUGAAUGCAAGAGCUGAGGAGAUUGUUGAAGGAGGAAUGAUGGUGCUACUUUCACCAUAUUCUGGUUAUCGUUACCUCAAAUUUUUUGCAUCUAGUCUUACGGAUUUGGUGAAUGAGGGAAUGCUAGAUGAAUCUCUAGUCGACUCAUUCAAUGUGCCAGUGUAUUUUCCCUCUCCUAAAGACAUGACUAAAGUGGUAGAGAAAAAUGGUUGUUUUAACAUUGAGAGAAUAGAGUUGACAUAUCCCCCAUCAAAGCUUGUGGAUGAGGCUGAUGCAAAAAGUUUAAUCAUAAACCUAAGGGCGGUUUUAGAAGGACUUUUCAUCAAUCACUUUGGGAGUAAAAUUGCAGAAGAAGCUUUUGCAAGGACUAUUCUCAAAAGUGAAGAGAUUUCAGCGUGGAUGAAAAUUGAUUGCGAGAAAGCAUGCCAAUUAUUUGUCGCUUUGAAACGUAAAUGAAUUUCUUGUUGGAUAUUUGCAUCUAUUACCGCUACAGGUUUCUGGAAUAAGUAGUUGUUUAGUUAUAUGAGAAGCCUAAUAUUUGACUUCAAUUCUUAGAAUAUUUAGUUUCUUAGUUAAAGUAAGAGUCUGCUACUACUUUGUUUAUUUGAAUUUUUAAUGCCUUAUGAUUAAUGAAAUUUUAAGAGACGGAUUUUCAUCUAUA